AUGGCUGCAUCGAACACAUCCAAUAAUGGCUCAUCAUCGCAAAGAACCGAGACGUUGACAGUCGAAGUUGAACUAAAACAAAGAUUAAGAUCAUUGAUUUUACCUCUCGCGAAACGGGAACCUGGUGAAACGGAUUCUGUUGAACAACAUGAAAGUAGUUUGGCUGUGCAAAUGGAUGAAUUUCGAAAAGUAGUAGAGAAGCAGCUUAAUGAAAUACAAAAGCGAAUACUCGCUCGCAGACCUAAAGGCAAAACAAAUGUAGACGAUAGUGCAGAAAACCAAGCCUAUCUACGCUUGCUCAUGGUCGUAAAAAGAACUAUGGAUGAUAUCAAGGAAGUAUUGACCACCAUAUCUUAUCGUCAACGUCUUUUCAUUCAUCAAAUGAUGCAUGCACUGACACACAACUGCGAUCGAAAAGCAGUGCGUGACGAACUUGAAAAAGACAUAAAUUAUCAACUAAAACGUUGGGACACGUAUCUCGAUAGAAUUGAAGAAUAUCUUCAGACAGACUAA